AUGGAACUCGCCGCUAGAAAGCAAUUUCACUGCCGAGAAUGGCUCUUUUCACGAAUCGAAGAGCACAUAAACGCCGAUCCUGGCGAAAAGGGAAGAAGGGGAUUUCUCCUCUCUGGAAAUGCUGGCACAGGAAAGACUACUUUUCUGGCCGAGCUUUGCUCACCAAUCGCCUCCGCCAUCGUGGCCCACCACUUCGUCAGCCCCUUCCAGCCCAGAACGCGCAAGCUCUCAGUCUUCCUCAAGUCCGUCUCGAGCCAGCUCAAAACUAAAUUUGCUCCCCUCGGCGAGUUGCCAACCAGCGCCAAUGGCGACGUUCGAUCCAUUGCUAAUUCCUGGCAUUCAGCCCUUGCAGCGCUACCAACUCCUCCCCAGCGACAUUUAUUGGUGAUAGACGGGCUGGAAUUGUCGACAGAUAUCUUCAGCGUUGUGAGCAACUUGAACUUGCCAAGCUGGCUCUCGGUGGUGUACUCAGUGGCGAAGGGACACAAAAGAUCGCGCGAGAUGAUCAAGCUGCUUGACAAGCUGCUUCAAAAAGUAACUCUAGACGACAUUCGCAAAGACCCAGUUUGCAAAGACUCGCAACAGUACAUCCUCCGCCGCCUCGAGUCCAACCAGAAUCUUCGCAGCGCGGUGAAUCGAGACAAUGCCGAAUUUCUGAGCCAGUUGCACAUUAAAGCUUCCGGUUGCUUUCUGUACCUGGAAGUCGUUUUGGACGGCAUCGCUUCAGGUCUAGUUGGAUUGCGCCAAGUUCGAGACAUUCCAGGCACCCUGAGUGGCCUCUGGCUUUGGCUGAUUCAGCUGCUCUUCGCGAAAAAAGACUUUGGAAAAGUUCGCUCAAUGCUGGAAAUCCUCGCCGCAGCUGGCUCCCCAAUGAAUACGAAAACGCUGGCCGAGGCGGCGAAAAUGUUGAAACCGUCAACAGAAGAAGCGGACGUGGAAAAACGACUGGGCCUUUUGAAGCCGCUGAUUUAUAAAGACGCCUCUGGCUGGAUACCGAUUCAUUCCUCCUUUCUCGCCUGGUGCCAGGACGUCAAGUACUCUACCUCCAAGUUUCUGUGCGAUGUCACCAAGGGACAUUUGGCACUGAGCACUUAUUAUGCAGUUCAAUGCGCGCAAAUGAGAAACUCGCAAAAUUCAGAAGUAAAGGAGUCAGGAAAUUCGAAAUACAAGCGCCUGACGGAGCAACUGUUGGAUCACGUGCGCCACACGAAAUUCACGGAAGCAGAGUUGACCUUGCUGCUCGUCUCAGUGGGGGCAGAGCGCGAGGUCGUUAGAUUUAUGGACAUGUUGGCUGGCAACUCGCUGCAGGACUCGGAGUGCAGACUAACGACUCUUGCCACUCGUGGAGAGGAGGCCCAGAUCGUCCAGCUUCUCGAUUUAGGUUUCGAUGCAAACGGAACGCAAAAAGACGCAGAGCCGACGCUGGUGCCGCUGGUCGCAGCGGGCAAAUUCGGAAGCAAGAAAAUGGUUGAACAUUUGAUCAACAACGGCGCCGACCCGCUGCGAUGCGAGUUCCCAGCCAAGCAAAAUUUCUUUCAAUCAGCAGCUCAGCAUGGACACAUUGAGAUAAUCGAGUGGGCAAGGACGAAUUUCAAAGUAGAAACGCUCGUCAAGUUGCUCAAGGCGAAAGACGUUGAAGGUCGCUCUGCGCUGCGGCUGGCCUGUUGGCAAGGUGAGCUCGAGGUCGUCUCGCUGCUAGCCACGAUGUCAGCGACGGCGGGACUCUCGCUCGAUGAAGUGGACAUCGAAGGACGAUCCUGUCUCUUCGCGGCGACAUACACUCAGACCGUCGACGUCGUCAACUGCCUUUUGGAAAACAAGUGCGAUCCGAACCUGGCCGAUCGGGAGUCGAGAACGCCGCUGUCGAUCGCAGCGCUUCAGAACCAGCCAGAGCUCUGCAAAAUGCUCCUGGCGGCCGGGGCAGACGUCAAUUUACCCGACAUGGAUGGAUUAACCGCGCUCCACGUCGCUUGCUACGAAUGUCACGAAAACAUCGUCGAAAUCCUGCUCGACGCAAAAGCCAGCGUCGACAAACAAGACAACUCGGGACUCUCGGUUCUCAUGUCCGCAGUAAUUACUGGAAACGAAAGUAUUGUCAAGCGAGUGUUGGCAGCGGGCGCGAGUUUAAGCCUCCUCGACGGCGACUGCAGAACCGUUCUCAGUCUGGCCGCGCAGCAGGGGCACGUCAACUUGGUCAAAAUGUUUUUGGAAAAGGGACUGGACGAGUCGCACUCGGACAACAUCGGCUGGACGCCGCUGCACUUGGUCGCGGCGGAGAACCACGUCAAGUGCUGCGAAGCUCUGCUAGAAUUCCGAACGAAUCCGGACCAGCGAGACAACGACGGACGAACGCCGCUGAUCGUCGCGGCGAUGGAAGGCCACACGGAAAUCAUGAAAUCGCUGCUCGACGCGGGAGCAGACCCAGACAUCCAAAGCUACGAAGGUUUCAGCGCGCUGCGCUUCGCGACGCUGGACAAUCAACUCGAAUCACUCAACAUCCUCGUCGACGCAAUGGCGGACGUGGACAGCAUCGAUCCAGAUGGAAGGUCGAUUUUGUACUCGUGCGUCUUGGAUCAAAACGAAAAAAUGGCCAAAGAGAUUUUGCGGCAGGGAGCGGAUCCUGAAUCGCAGGAUAUGGAGGGACGACGGCCGAUCCACGUGGCCGCCUGGCAAGGGAUGACUUCGAUCGUGAAAAUGCUGAUCGAACACGGUGCGGAUCCGAACUCGAUCGACGCGGAAGGAAGGACAGCGAUGCAAAACGCUUCUUGGCAAAAUCACGUGAGCGUUGUCGAGCUACUCGUCGCCAAAGGAGCCGCGAUCGAUCAAUUCUGUCACCAAGGGGCAACUCCGCUCUGCGUCGCCGCCCAAGAAGGACACAUCGAGACUUGCGAGGCGUUGAUCCGUCUUGGCGCGGAUCCGCACCAGCCGGACAAUUGCGGACGAACGCCACUGCGCGUCGCGGAAAAAGCUGGUCACACGGCCCUGCUGAAAAUUCUCAAAUCCGUUCAGUCGCAAUUUUCGCCGAUUGUUCCGAUCAAACCAGUCGAGCAUUCGGCCUUCAGCAAAUCGAAUCAGGCUGGCUCGUCGAUCAACUCGGGAAAGAUCUCGCAGGCGGAGUCGUCCGGCUUCGUUUCCGAUCAAAACCAAGAAAUCAUCAAUUCGCCGAGAAACAAAAAGAAACAAUCCGUGCUGCAGAAGAAGCUGAACGCGGCUCAAUACGAUAUGACGAACAGAACGGAGUCCGAAUGCGAAUACAACUUCGCCGACGAGAUCAAAUCACUUACACUUCCAAAAUCAUUCAGAAGAUCGACAAUGAAAUUAAACGAGCUAGACACUGGCGAAAGUACGAGAAAGCCGACGAAAACGAAGAAUAACUUGAUAAAAGUCAUCACAGAAGAUAAUAGCAAAAAUUCCGAGAAAAGUUCAAUUUCACUCAAUUCCAGUCACGCAUCUAAAGUUUCGAAUUCAAAUCUGAGCAGCUCUUUCCAAAACGGCAGUAUCAAUCAAAGCGCAAAUUCAAUAACGUCGUCGAAUUGCACGACUCCGGCGAAAAGCUCCGAAAGCGGGGCGAAGAUGAGGCGAUCGAAUUCGAUGAAAGGGCGCAUUUCGCAACUUUCGAAAAGAGUUUCGAAAAUCAGUUUAAACUUCAAAGCGGACAAGUCGACGAAUUCGGACGAUUUGAGCGAAGAUGUGCUUAGUUUCAAGCGGUGUACUGACAAGGCGCGGAUUAACCUUGCUCCGGCAGUCAAUCCGCAUCAGCUCUCGACAAACAAGACACCGAUCACAGAGAAGCUACCGGCUUACAUGAUCCCAAGCGGGAACGAAGCUCAAGAAACGAUGGAAUUCGAAUGCGACAAACGCACGGCAGCGCGCCUCCACGUCGACCAGAUGAUCAGCCAGUCUCUGAGAAGAGCGAAAAGAUGA